AUGGAGCGCAACACCGUUCCCCAGGAAUACUACGACGAAAACUUCAUCCCCGGCACCACCAACAUCUACACGGGCGCCGCCCACGACAAUGGCGAAGGCAAGGGCUCGCUAACGCUGAGCAAGUCGCUCAAACGCGACACCAAAACCGGCCUCGUGCUCAUGCCGCAACCGUCAGAUUCGCCCAACGAUCCGCUCAAUUGGACAUCAUCGCGGAAAAUCUGGCACCUCACCUUGCUAUCUUUCAUCACCGCUCUCACUGCAGCCACGUCCAACGAUGCCGGCGCCGCGCAGGACUCGCUUAACCAAUUCUACGGCAUCUCAUACGAUGCAAUGAACACCGGUGCCGGGGUAUUGUUCAUAUUCAUCGGCUGGUCAUGCUUGUUCUUUGCGCCAGCGUCCUCGCUAUACGGACGCCGAAUCACUUAUCUUGUCUGUUUGACGUGUGGCACGUUGGGGUGUGUUUGGUUUGCGCUAAGUCGCAGGACGGCAGAUACGAUCUGGUCGCAGAUGUUUGUCGGGAUCUCGGAAGCGUGCGCCGAGGCUCAGGUGCAGCAGAGCUUGAGCGAUGUGUUUUUCCAGAAUGACUUGGGCAGCGUCUUGACGAUUUAUAUCUUGGCUACUUCGGUGGGGACGUUUUUGGGUCCCUUGAUUGCGCAUAUUAUCGCUGAGGAUAUGACGUUCCGGUGGGUCGGGUGGUGGGGCGCUAUCAUAUGUGGCGUUACUGUUCUAGUGUUGUAUUUCGGGUGCGAGGAAACCGUGUUUGAUCGACAGUUGUAUAAUCGAAUAUUGGAAGCCAAGGUUGUUGAUGACAGCUCGUUGACCCUCGAGGAGGAGAAGAUUAAAAAGGAGGAGGCUCCGUUGAGUGACGCAGAUGACGAUGCCGAUGCCGAUACAAGCUCCAUGGAGAAACGCGCAUCGGAGCGCAACUUUCUCGAACGGGAGAUCUCCCAAAAAUUAAUCAAGAUUGACCAAGAGUCCAACACGGAAAAGCCCAAGUCGUACUGCGAGCGCAUCCGCAUCAUCACACCAGCUCCCUAUUUAGAGGGAUUGGGCUUUCAACAGUACCUCAAACGGUUUCUCGUCUAUUUCAAAGUGUUCACCUUGCCCGCGGUGUGGCUCUCGGGACUCUUGUGGGGUUUACAGGAUGCGUACAUGACUUUUUUCCUCACUACUCAAGAUACUUUCUUCUACGAUCCGCCCUGGAACAAAAGCGAGACGGGGGUAGCGGUGAUGAACGUGGCCACCUUGAUCGGCGCCAUCUUGGGGUGCAUCAUGUCGGGUAUUUUCUCCGACAAGCACGUUGUCUGGAUCGCCAAGAGACACGAGGGAGUAAUGGAGCCCGAGUAUCGUCUAUACUUGUUGUUCAUCACUUUGAUUAUAUCGCCCGUGGGACUCAUCAUGUUUGGCGUUGGCGCAGAGAACCAGUGGCCCUGGCAAUGUAUAUAUGUCGGGUUGGGGUUCAUUGGCUUUGGAUGGGGGUCCAUUGGCGAUACCGCCAUGUCCUAUUUGAUGGAUGCGUACCCUGAUAUAGUCAUUCAGGGAAUGGUGGGAGUGUCCAUCAUAAACAACACUUUGGCAUGCAUCUUUACAUUUGUGUGUUCGUUGUGGUUGGAAAGUUCAGGCACGGCAAACACAUACAUUGCCUUGGCUGUGAUCGACUUUGUCACCAUUGCCGGUAUAAUACCGUUCUUGUAUUUUGGAAAGUAUUUCAGAAAAAGAACUAGAGGUUUAUAUCUCUCGAUGGUGGAGUUGACUCAAGGUAUGGGGUAA